AUGAUUAUCCCUGUUCAACCUACGAAACCAUUCUCUAAAUUUUCUCCAGAUGAAACAUAUUCCGUUUCUUCACUUCAUGAAAAUCCUCGUGUAGGCAAUGGUCUUAUCUCACCAAGUAAAUCACUUUUUAUUGAAAUCUCAAAUUUUUCUCAUGAUUCUAUCGAGGUUCAUCCUCAACAAAAACUAACCGUUAUGGAACUAUUGACUGAACAUCAAUUGAAUAGCAUAUCAAGAUUAUCUCAUACACCUCAUCCUAUUGAAGAAGAACAAAUAUGUCUCCCUGAUUUAUCCUAUUCUGACUUAAACGAUAUUCAAAAAGCUAAACUAGUUACACUUAUUAAACAAUAUCCACAAGUUUUCAUCGAGAAACUUGGUCGGACUCAUCUUGUUAAACACGUAAUCGAACUUCAACCAGGAACACAAUCCGCAAACACUCAACCAUAUCGUCUCCCCCCAUCUAAAAAAGCUAUAGUCGAUCAACAACUAGAAGAGAUGCUCCAAGCUGGUCAUAUUACUCCUUCACAUAGUCCUUGGGCAUCUCCAAUCGUAUUAUCCCCUAAAAAAGAUGGUACACUCAGAUUUUGUGUUGAUUAUCGAAAGUUGAAUGCUAAUACAAUUCAUACAGCAUAUCCUAUGCCUCAAGUUGACGAUACCCUUGAUUCACUCAGGGAAGCAAAAUUCAUAUUUACUCUUGACCUUCGAUCGGGAUACUGGCAGGUUGAAAUUGAUUCUGAAAGUCGUAAUAAAACAGCGUUUAUUACUCACCGCGGCCUCUAUGAAUUUUUAGUCAUGCCUUUUGGACUGUCUAAUGCUCCUGCCACAUUUCAGAGAUUAAUGGAUCUUAUCUUAGCUGGAAUAAAAUGGCAGUCAUGUCUUGUCUAUAUAGAUGAUAUUGUCGUAUUCUCUUCCACCUUUGAACAACAUCUUAAAGAUUUAUCCUCUGUCUUUGAUCGUCUCAAAACUGCUGGACUUACUCUUAAAGCCUCAAAAUGUGAUUUUUGUAGAAAAGAAUUAAAGUACUUAGGACAUAUUAUUACUCCUGACGGUAUUAAACCUGAUCCCGGUCUAAUCGACUCCGUGAAACGUUUUCCUCAACCUACACGAUUAAAAGAUAUUCAAUCAUUUUUAGGCUUAACUGGAUACUACAGAAAAUUUAUAAAAGAUUACGCUAAAAUAUCCGAACCUCUCCUCGCUAAAAUACGUUCUCAUCAAAAAUCUAAAUGUCCACCAAAUAACAUGGAAUGGUCUGUUGAAUGUACUGUAGCCUUUGAACGAUUAAAAACUGCACUUACUCAGGCUCCUUUACUUCGAGCUCCAAAUUUUAAUGAACCUUUCAUUUUGGAAACAGAUGCCUGUGAUUAUGGUCUUGGUGCUGUCCUUACUCAAGAAUAUGAUAAUAAAAAAUUUGUUAUUGCUUACGCUAGUCGAACUCAAACAGCAGCUGAGAGAAAUUAUUUUCCUACAGAAAAAGAAGCUCUAGCUAUUUAUUGGGCCACCAAACAUUUUCGGCCCUAUUUAGAAGGUACAAAAAUCUAUAUUCGAUCUGAUUGUAGGGCACUACAAUGGCUUCUUGAAACAAAAGAUUCGUCUGGACGAUUAGCUCGAUGGGCAAUAAGUCUAUCAGCAUUUAACAUUGUUAGCAUCAAAUAUAAACCAGGAAAAACAAAUACAAACUCUGAUUCAUUAUCUCGUUAUCCUCUCCCUAAUCUAGCUGUGUUAAAUGGAACAACACCUACAUCUACACUCAAUUUUUGGGACAAUUGUACUCUCCUCGAAAAUAUCCGAAUCGAACAAUAUAAAGACCCUCACCUUCAUAUUAUCAUUGAUAAAUUAUCAGGUCUCAGUCAUCCCUUCAUUAAUAAUCCCUAUCCCUCUUUUACUCUAAUUAACGGUAUUCUCUAUAAAUGUCGAUCUCCAUCAAAAAAUAUCUAUCAGCGAUCAGUCGGACUUCCUCACUUACUCGUUAUUCCGAAACCUAUGCAACAAGAACUCCUAUCUUGGACACAUGAUCAUUCGACAGCCGGACAUAGUGGUAGAGAAAAAACUCUUUAUCGUCUCUCAAGCCGAGUCUACUAG